UCAAAAAGAAAAUGAACUUGAUAAAAUAUUUAGUUUUUAAUUUCUACGGUCCAAAAAUGUGGAUGGUCUUUCUUCUUCUUAUAUGGGGAUUGAUUAUUGGGACUGAAUCUUCUACAUUGACAUCUCAACCUGAAAUGGAAGCAAAUGCUAUUUACAAUAGUGGAUGGUGGAACACUUCUAAUGGAUGGUGGAACACUUCUGAUGGAUACUACAACAUCUCCAAUCGGUGUAAUUGGGGUCAGAUAUCUUGCAACAAGGCUGGAAGCAUCAUACAAAUCAACAUAGACGGAUUUAAUUCAGAUUUGUGGGGAAUAAGUUUUGGAACACUCAACUUGUCUACUUUCCACAAUUUAGAAAGCCUUGUUAUCAUGAAUGUUAGACUACGAGGGACUAUCCCAAAAGAAAUUGGUCACCUCUCCAAGCUCACUCAUCUUGAUCUGUCCUAUAACUCCCUUGUAGGUGAGAUACCUCCUUCACUAGGUAGUCUUAGACAAUUAAAACACUUAGACAUUUCUCACAACAGUCUUCAAGGUUCCAUUCCUCAUGAGUUGGGAUUCUUGACAAAUCUCACAACACUAGAUCUAUCUCAAAAUCAAAUCAAAGGUGAGAUGCCUCUUUCACUAGGAAACCUUACACAAUUAAAACACUUAGAUAUUUCUUACAACAGUCUUCAAGGUUCCAUUCCUCAUGAGUUGGGAUUCUUGACAAAUCUCACAACACUAGAUCUAUCUCAUAAUCAAAUCAAAGGUGAGAUACCUUCUUCACUAGGAAAUCUCAAAAAAUUAGAGUACCUAGACAUCUCCAACAACAAAAUUGAAGGUUCUCUUCCUCUUGAGUUGGGAUUCUUGAGAAAACUGACUACAUUAGAUCUAUCAUUCAAUAGUCUCAACGGAAACUUGCCUAUUUCCAUUACAAAUCUCACACAAUUAGAAUCCCUUUAUAUCUCGUCCAAUUUUCUCACAGGUUCCCUCCCAUCUAACUUGGGUCAGUUAAAUAAUUUGCGAAUCUUGUUGUUAAAUAAUAACUCCUUUAGGGGGACCUUUCCUAUUUCUUUGAAUAAUCUCACACAAUUAGAAUACCUUGACAUGUCAUAUAAUUUUCUCACCGGUUCCCUUCCAAUUUCGUUAAGAAAUUUCUCUCAAUUAAAAACCCUUAACAUUUCCCACAAUUUUCUCCUUGGUGCCCUUCAUUCCAAUUUGUUUCCAUUCACAUAUUAUAAAGCUUUUAUUGACCUCAGUCACAAUAACAUUAGUGGUGACAUUCCUUCUACGCUAGGAGAUUUUCAACAACUUCUUUUAAACAAUAAUAAUCUCACUGGAACAAUUCCCCGAUCUAUUUGUGAUGUCAAUGAUGUUGACAUUUCCUACAAUUAUUUGAGGGGUCCCAUUCCAUUAUGUGUUCAGCCUUCUGCAGUAAUAGGAAACAAGGAUGUAUGCACUAAGUCUUAUUACAAUCAAACCUACUUCCAAUAUCCCGUUUUAAAAAACUUCCAACCAUGUCGGCCUGCAAAGAAAAGUGAUAGAGUAAAUUACUAUGUUGUCAUUGUUCUUCCUAUCCUAAUAAUUCUAAUCUUAGCCUUCUCAUUUCUCAUGUGCUUUAAAUUUCGUCAUAAAAGCACAACAACAUCAACAAAGAAUGGAGAUUUGUUUUGUAUAUGGAAUUAUGAUGGGAAAAUAGCAUAUGAUGACAUCAUCAGAGCAACUGAAGACUUUGACAUGAGAUAUUGCAUUGGUACGGGAGCAUAUGGAAGUGUUUACAAGGCGCAAUUACCAUGUGGAAAAGUUGUAGCCUUAAAAAAACUUCACGGUUAUGAAGCAGAAGUGCCGGCUUUUGAUGAAAGUUUUAGAAAUGAAGUGAAAAUAUUAUCAGAAAUAAGGCACCGACAUAUUGUGAAGCUUUAUGGAUUCUGCUUGCACAAAAGAAUCAUGUUUUUGAUCUACCAAUACAUGGAGAAAGGAAGCUUGUUCUCUGUCUUGUAUGAUGAUGUUGAAGCCACAAAAUUCAAUUGGAGAAAAAGGCUUAAUAUUGUUAAAGGAGUUUCAUCUGCUCUUUCAUAUCUUCAUCAUGAUUGCACGACUCCAAUAGUGCAUAGAGAUGUAUCUAGUGGAAAUAUCUUGCUAAACUCUGAGUGGCAGCCUAGUGUGUCUGACUUUGGCACAGCUCGACUCCUUCAACAUGAUUCAUCCAAUCGAACAAUAGUUGCUGGAACAAUCGGAUAUAUAGCUCCUGAGCUUGCAUAUACUAUGGUUGUGAGCGAAAAGUGUGAUGUAUAUAGUUUUGGAGUAGUAGCACUAGAAACUUUAAUGGGAAGGCACCCUCAAGAACUAUUGUCUUCACUUCAAUUAGCAUCAACGCAAAACAUGAAAUUAUGUGAAGUAUUAGACCAACGUCUCCCAUUUCCAAAUAAUGCGAUGGUGUUACUUGACAUAAUUCGUGUAGCUGUAAUAGCAUUUGCAUGCUUAAAUUUCAAUCCUAGCUCUCGACCAACGAUGAAACGUGUGUCACAGAGCUUUGCCACUGAGCUUACACCAUUAACCAUUCCUUUGAGUGAAAUUUCAAUGCAGCAACUUAUGAGUCAAGAAUUCAAAGCAUUAUUUCAUAUUCUCAACCAUUGAAAGGAAAACUUGGAAUGUAUGUGUUGAGUGUCUUCGAAUUCAAUAAAGACAUUGUAAAAGUCUAUUUGCAUAUGUUGUUAUUUUUAGGUGUUCGAAUAAAAUUGAGCUACAUUUGGUUCCAAUAUUUUGUAUUUUAAACUUAAGUUAAUGAAUUUCAGUUAAGGACGAA